AUGGAAACUCAAGGGAUGAGGAUUCGAGCGUUCCCUCGUACUCGCUCUCUUCUUAACUUGGCUGUUGCUACCCUCAUCCUCUUCAAUCCUUUCACUUCUUCGGCUUGCGAUGGCCCCCAUCUCCACCAGCGCUCCCAACCAGCCGCCACUCAGCCCCUAAGCGCUCCUGAUAGAGACUUGGAAUGGGGCGAUAUCAACAUCAUCCAUACCACUGAUACUCACGGAUGGUUAUUAGGCCAUCUCAAUUCCGAAUCUCCCGAGCCAAAUUACAGUGGGGACUUUGGUGAUUUCCAGUCUUUCGUCUUGCGUAUGAAGGAGAAGGCGAGGAAGAAAAAAGUAGAUUUAUUGGCAAUUGAUACGGGUGAUUUGCACGAUGGCAAUGGUCUCAGUGAUGCCGAGCCUCUUGCCCAUCCUGGCGUAACCCGAGGGACUACCUCUGGGAAAUUCUUGGCCCGUGUGCCUUACGAUCUGCUGGCGAUUGGAAAUCAUGAGCUAUAUGAUCUGUCGGUUGCUCAAGAUAUGCACGAUAAUUUUGCAAAAAUAUGGAAUGGCUCUUAUCUCACAUCGAAUGCCAAUAUUACCACGUCCGGUCAAUCGGUUCCUAUCGGCUCUCGUUAUCGCAAGUUCAAAACAGAACAAGGUCGUCGAGUCACAGCUUUUGGCAUCAUCUUUGAUUUCACUGGGAAUGCUCAUGGAACUGUUGUCCAACCGCCCGCUAAGCUUGUGAUGGAAUCAUGGUUCAAGGAAGCUAUUCGCGAGAGACCCGACAUCUUUCUUCUUGCUGGGCACAUGGGGAUCAGCGAUCCUGAUUGGAAAAUAGUGUUCUCGACUAUCCGGCUUCUGCAUCCGAAGGUGCCAAUUGUCAUCUUGGGUGGUCAUCUGCACAUUCGAGACUGUCGGCAAUUGGAUGACCGGUCAAUGUCACUGGCAAGCGGGAGAUACAUGGAAACUAUCGGAUGGCUGAGCGUGAAGAAUCUCGAUGAGCACAGCAAGCCGGAGUUUUCAAGAAGGUAUAUGGACCCCAAUCGGCUGACCUACAGCUUUCAUGCUGGUCACUUUGACACAAGCGAGGGCUUGAAUACGACCCAUGGACUUGCCAAGGCGGCGGCCGAUUUUAACAUUACUUAUAAGUUUGGGGUUGCUCCACAGUCCUUCUUUGGUUACAGGGUAGCGCCGACCGCCCACAACUCGCUCAAUUACCUUUUCACUGGACCCGGCGGUGUACUGGAAACCACCGUCAAGAAUCCUACCCGACCCCAUCCUCCCUUGAUUGUCAUCAACACUGGUGCCAUGCGAUUCGACAUAUUCGCUGGUAACUUCACCGUCAAUGAUGAGCUCAUCACCAUGCCGUUUGCGAACACGUUUAUGUAUGUGCCUGAUGUGCCUCGAGCGAUCGCAAAGGAGUUUCUCAUGGCAAUGAAUCAAGGCGGGGCAUCUCGCAACAGGUCAGGCUCUAAAAAAAUGCGCCGGAACUUGAAAAGAUCGGAGGAGAUAGAAAAAGAUGAAGAAUAUCACCUCGGUCAAGAUGUCGAAGACCACUAUCGCACGUGGCUCCAGCUCCAAUCCUUACACCGCGGACGUACUCAGUUGCACCUGUCAGCCCAGGUGGAAGAGGAAAAAGGCGUCCUCCUUGAACGGUCGAUCCGAAAGCACGGCCCCCUCAGUUACGGUUAUGUGACUCAAGAUCAGUGUCCGGGACGCGGUGACGAUGUCACUCACGAGCCGCUGCCUUCGUUUGAUCAAACUGACUACGUGGGAACCGCGUUACCUCCUUCCACUGACAAAGUCGACGUGGUCUUCUACAGCUUCAUCACUACGUUCUCUUUGAAUGCUUUGAACACCAUCGCUGCUCGAUUACACUCCCCCUUUAAAUAUACCUCCACUGACGUCCAGAAAUACACCGAGAUUCAGUCAAACCAAGUCUUGGGGAUCUAUGCUCAUCAAAAAUGGAACAAACCUUAG